AGAACCCUAAAACAGGGUUUAGGGCUUCUGCCACGGGGAGGGCACGAUCGGCCGGUCUCCGCCAUGAAUCUUCACUCCCUGGCGCGUCCUGCUGCGGGCCGCAUCACAGGCAAGAAUGCGCGUUCCACGAGAUCCAGUGUCGCCAGUGUGGCUCGUGUAGCUCCUCCGCGUCGUCAAAGGCGGCCUAUAAUCUCGUGCUCCAGCUCGCAACGGGCGCAUUUCCAUGUCUUCUGGCCGGCGCGGAUCAAAUUCCAGCUCCCGUUUGUCACAGAUCGCGUGUCUCCGGAUCCCGCGAAGCAAAGCAUCGUCAUGCACGGGGUCUCGGACAGGAAAAAUGCCCGCGAUGGAGAUUCUUGGCUUGGAGAUGGAGAGGGAGAUCUGGUGGUAGUGCUCCUGGGAUGGCUGGGUGCUCAACACAAGCACUUGAAGAAAUAUGCCGAGUGGUAUAACUCGAGAGGGAUCAGUGCUAUGACUUUCGUGAUGCCAAUGCCGGAUUUGCUGAGCCUCGGCGUCAUUGGGAAGGCCGACAGGCAUGUCGAUUUGCUCUACGCGGAAAUCAAGCAGUGGCUAGCGAGCGGUGGAAGAAACGAAAAAUCGGUGCUGUUCCACACCUUUAGCAACACCGGCUGGUUCUUCUAUGGAGCUCUACUCGAGAAACUCCAGCAGCAAGGGCAGCAGCACCUCACGAGCAGAAUAAAAGGAUGCGUUGUAGAUUCGGGGCCUGCUGCCGAGCUCAGUCCCCAGGUCUGGGCCUCGGGGUUCGCAACAGCAUUUCUCAAGAAGCAAAGCUUCUCGACGCAGUCGCUGGCGGGACUGACCGACGCCGAGCGAGCAAUCCUUGCGCAGCCGAGCGCGUCCGAGACUCUACUCCUGGCAGUCCUGGAGAAGUUCUUCGCGGUUCUACUCGCGGUUCCCGCUGUCAAACUGAGACUUGCAAGAAUCAUCUCCAUUUUGUCGAGCAAGCAGCCGCGAUGCCCGCAGCUCUACAUCUACAGCAGUGCCGACCGAGUCAUCCCAGCGAGCUACGUGGAAGAGUUCAUGGAUUUGCAGAAAAAGAGCGGCUACAAGGUCUCGUGCUUCGACAUGCGGAUAUCUCCUCACGUAGAUCAUUUGCGGAGCUUUCCGGCGCUCUACCACGAGCAGCUCGAGAAAUUUUUCCAGGAGAUCCUCCCCGAGAAAACUCUAGCCCAUGAAGCAUGAGCGAGUGAAUAAAUGCAUAUUUUUUAA